AUGCAUUACAGUGCUACAGAUCAGAUGCCCACCGCUCCCCCGCCCGGUGUGGAUGCGGAGCGGGUUGUCUUCCCCGCGUCGUCGGCCGAGGAGGCGCUGGAGGAGCUGCGCGCGCGCGACGGGGAGCAGCAGACGGCGCGGUCGGCGUGGGCGGAGCACGUGCACGGGCUGUGGGGCGCGGAGCCGCCCUACGAGCCGCAGCCGGAGGACCGCAGCGGCGUCGUUCUCGGCUCGCUCUUCUACAGCUGGAUGGGGCGGUACAUCUUCCAGGCUGCGCGCGAGGAGCUGACGGAGGCGGGCCUGCCGCGGCCGACGCGUGCGUUCCGCGCCUACAACGCCGGCACGCGGCUGUCGGUGCAGAUGCAGUCGCAGCAGCUGCGGCGCCACGCGUGGGACGGCUACAUCGGCGCGCGCGUGGGUGUGCGGCGCGACGCUGCGAGCGACGGCGUGCUGCGCUGGGUGGGCGUCGUGCAGCAGUACGGCACGCCGCGGCAGCUGUACGCCGGAGUGGAGUGGCUGGUGGCGCCUGCGCCGCGCCACGUUGGUGUGCUGGGCCGGUGGCUGCUGUGCCGCGGCGGUGGCGCCCCUCCACACGGCCCCGGCGCCUUCCACCGCGGCGAGGUGUGCGGUGAGCACCUCUUCGACCUCGCGGACGGCGACACGGUUGCGACGUGCGAGCUGGUGGAGGACGUUGUGUUCCGCCUUGGCGCUGCGGAGGGUGGCCGCGGUGCUGCCGCGACGGAGCGUGCCCUACGCCGCGAGCUGCCUGCCUCCGCCCACGAGCCGCCCCGGUCGAUUCAGGUGUGGUGGACGAUAUGGACGCUGUUCCGUGAGAAUCUUUUGCUCCUCGUGCUUCUCGGACUCCUCGGGGACGCCUGCAGCCUUCUGCAACCCCUCCUUCUCAAGUGGUUUGUUGCGUACCUCGGUGAGGUGCUGAACGGCGGAGGUGGCGGUGGCAGUGGCAGCGGCAGCGACAGCAGCAGCGACGCAUCGUCGAGCAGUGGCGCGCUGCUUGACGGAUACUUCGGUGCCGCCGCAGGGUGGCAGCGCGGUGUACUUCUCGCGUUCUGCAUGUUUGUCACCAUGACCGUUGAAACCGUAUGCUCAAACAAACGGUUUCACGUGCGACGACGCUGCUCGUUGCAGGUGCGCAACGCUAUUUCGGUGCUGAUGUUCGAGAAGGUCUUCACCAUGUCUCCUAAGGCGGCCCAUCACCCCUCUUACAACGCCGGUCGCCUCGCAAACAUGCUGAGCACAGAUGUGGAAAACAUUGGCAGCUUCAUCUCAAUGUUCUGGGCACUCUUUUCGUCUCCGUAUAUACUUGCGAUUGCCUUCUAUCAGUUGUAUCUGUUGUUGGGCAACAGCGUGUUUGUCGGGGGCGCCAUGGUGCUUGUGUUUGCACCCCUACAGGGCUUCGCCAUGAAAGGCUUGUAUGCCCACUUCAGGGAGCGUGCGUCGGCAACAGAUCACCGCGUGAAGGCCACGACGGAGCUGUUCUCUGGGAUUCGUGUGAUCAAGUUCAUGUCGUGGGAGCCUUCCUUCAUUGCACGUAUCGAGGACAUGCGCAAGGAGGAACUUCACUUUCUUAAAAAGAUCCAGAAGUCCUUCAUGAUGAUCUUUUUCCUGUUUAACGCCGCCCCCGGAUUUGUCAUUGCGAGUGUGUUCUUUACCUUUGGCAUGCUUGGGCACACGCUGACGCCGUCUAUUGUCUUCCCGGCUCUCGCGCUGUUCCACAUGUUGACCUCGUUUGUGUCGAUGCUGCCCUUCACGUUUCAGAUGGUGAGCAAACUCCUCGUGUCGCUGCGUCGGCUGAACCUGUUCUUCGACACGGAGGAUGACCUCGUCCCCCUCAUUGCGGACAUCAAGGACUUCCGGGAGGACGACCAGAGCAGCCGUGACGCCCCUGAGAACACCGGGCACCCGCCCUCGGAGAGCACCGCCGCCGCCUUCGUACACGCGGAGCUCAGCACCUACGUGGCGGAGGAGCUGCCGAAGCCCGCCGACGACGCUGCCCCCGCGAGUGCGGAGCCCGCGGUGCAGCCCACAGAUGACACUGCCGCUGCUACCGCUGUUGCUGCUCCGGCGGAGGGCCGGCCGGCGCACGCGCAGCCAUCAUUCAAGGAGGACGCUGUCUACCUCCUCAAGACGAAGGCGCUGCUGGAGGACGUGGACCUGCGCAUCCCGCGCGGCAAGCUGACUGUUGUGCUGGGGCCGACGGGGUGCGGCAAGUCGACGCUGCUGGACUCGCUGAUCGGCGCGCUCGCGGUGACGCGUGGCCGCGUUGCGUGCAGCCGCUGCGUCGCCUACGUGCCGCAGCAGCCGUGGAUCAUGAGCGCGACGCUGCGCGACAACGUUGUGUUCUUCGGCGCUGCGGACGACGCUGCGUUCGAGCGCGCGGUGGCGAGCAGCCAGCUUGCGGCGGACCUUGCGCUGCUCGCUGCUGGCGCUGCGACGGAGAUCGGCGAGAAGGGCAUCAACCUGAGCGGCGGGCAGAAGGCGCGCGUGAGCCUGGCGCGUGCUGUGUACGCGGACCGCGACGUGUACGUGCUGGACGACCCGCUGUCCGCGCUGGACGCGCACGUUGGCGAGCGUGUGAUGCGCGAGUGCGUGUGCGGCGCGCUGGCGCACAAGACGCGCGUGCUUGCGACGCACCAGGUGAGCGCCGCUGCGUACGCGGACUACGUGGUGCUGCUGGAGGAGGGCCGCGUCGCCUUCCAGGGCACGUACGCUGCGUACCGGCAGUACGCUCGCCUGCACUACGAUCGCAGCCUCAGCGGCCUGGACAAGACGUCGCUGUACGCGGCGCGCACGGUGAGCGAGCUGGGGCCACACGAAGAUUUGACGACGCCGGGCCGCGCUGCCGCCCCUCGGGAGGCUGUAGGCUAUGCUUCCCCGACCACCGUGGAGGAGGGUGCUGCGAUGCUGUUUGGUGUCGGCGAAGAGCGUGAAGACUCUCCGGGAGAUGCCAUAACGGAGGGCGAGGCCCGUGUUGCGAUCACGGAGAGCGGCGAGGAGAAGGCGGUGGGUGCUGUGCCGUGGCUCGUCUACCGCCGAUACAUGGAGGCCUGUGGUGGUUGGCCCGCCUUUUCUUUUGUGAUCAUCUUCUUCGUCUUCACAGAGGUGUUGCUCCGAGCUAGUGACGUGUGGCUGUCCUUGUGGUCUGGCGGUAUACUAGAGAGCAUUUGCUCUCACCGUCGACUGAUCGUCUACGUGGGAACGGUUCUGUUCGCCGUUCCUGCUGGCCCCUCCCGCGAUCUGCUGUGCUUUACGGAUAUGCGCCGUGCCUCCUACCGUCUGCACGCGAACCUAUUGCGAUCCCUCGCCGAAGCGAGGCUGACCUUCUUUGAUAUCACACCUCGAGGACGUCUCAUGAAUCGCAUGUCGCGUGACAUGUCGCAGAUUGAUUGGGACCUCCCCGUGAAUCUGGAUGUGUCGUUCUUUUUCUUCUGUUACCUCAUCUCGUAUGUCAUCAUCAUGACGGUGUCGCAGCCCUUCAUUUUGGUCAUCCUCAUACCGUGUGCGCUGAUCUACGGCCGCAUCUUCCGUUUCUUCUGCACCGCCAACAGGGAGAUGCAGCGGCUGCUGAACAUCUCCAACUCCCCCGUCUUCUCCGCGCUCAACGAGGUGCUGACGGGCCGCUGGACCAUCUGCACCUACGAGCGGCAGCAGGCCAUGAUGCAGGAGGUGCUGCGCAGCCUUGACCGUGUCUUCGGGAGUGGUUACAUGCAGUCCAUGGGCUCGCGUUGGCUGACGGUGCGGGUGGAGCUGCUGGGGAACGUUGCGGUGUGCAGCCUGGCGCUGCUGGGUGUGGUGUCCACGCAGGCCUCCUGGAUGCACAUCAACCUCGGCCUCCUGGCGCUGAGCGUGAGCAAGGCGUCGUCCAUCACGAGCGUGCUGUCGCGCUUCAUCACGGUGGGUGCGUCGGUGGAGGCGUCGAUGAACUGCGUGGAGCGGGUGCUGUACUACACGGACAGCGCGCCUGCGGAGGACCUUGGUGCGGGCGGUGCGGCGUGCGUGCCUGCGACUGCGUGCGGCUUCGCUGCCACGGAGUUCGGGUCGCUUGUGCUGGAGCACGUGGACAUGCGGUACCGGCCGGGGCUGCCGCUCGUGCUGCGCGACGUGAGCUUCGCGGUGCUGCCCGGGCAGAAGGUGGGCGUUGUGGGCCGCACGGGCAGCGGGAAGUCGACGCUGCUGCUUGCGCUGCUGCGGCUUGUGGAGGUGUGCGGCGGGUGCAUGCGCGUGUGCGGGCGCGACGCGCGCGACUACGGCGUGCGUGAGCUGCGCCAGCUGUUCUCGAUGAUCCCGCAGGACCCGCUGCUGUUCGACGGGACGGUGCGCAGCAACGUGGACCCGUUCGGCGCGUGCGGCGACGCGGCUGUGUGGGCUGCGCUGCGGCAGGUUGGGAUGGAGGAGCGGGUGCGGAGCGGCGGCGGCGGGCUUGACGCGCGCGUGCAGGAGGGCGGGUCGAACUUCAGCGUUGGGCAGCGCCAGCUGCUGUGCCUUGCGCGCGCGCUGCUGAAGCGUGGCAGCGCGUUCCUGCUGAUGGACGAGGCGACGGCGAACGUGGACCCCGCGCUGGACCGGCAGAUCCAGCUGACGGUGCAGCAGACGUUCCGCGACUACACGGUUGUGACGAUCGCGCACCGGCUGCACACGGUUGCUGCGUACGACGUGAUCCUCGUGAUGGACGGCGGCCGCGCGGUGGAGUUCGGCUCGCCGCGUGCGCUGGUGAACACUGAGGGGUCCCUUUUCGCCUCGAUGGUGCAAUCGAUGAACGAGGAUGCCCGUGAGUCCUUCAUGGCAAGUUUAAACAAAGGAGUCGCCGACACAUAA